GAGUUUGUAAAGCGCCGUCAAACGCUACACGAAGAGAAAGCGCCGCUCCACUUCAGUCGAGCGUUGACGUUCUAUUACUUAUUUUUGUUUGGCUUUUUUUGUUUUGUUUCUUGUCUUCGUUCGACAUUCAAUCGUCGCUGACAGCAACCUUGACGAUGUCAGCCGACACAGCGAAACUCUCCAAAAACCUUCUGCGAAUGAAGUUCAUGCAGAGAGGUUUGGAUGCCGAGACGAAGAAGCAUCUGCAAGAAGACGAGAAAAGGAUCAUCAAUGACGAGCACUGGUACCUUGACCUGCCCGAACAACGCACGCAAGAGAACUUGAUCGUGGAGGAGAAAAGUUUUGUUCCGUUCGAGGGUCUUUUGUACGGCCGAAUGUCCUUUCGAGGUUUCAACCCCGAAGUUGAGAAGCUGAUGGCGCUGAUGAAUCCUAAAGUCGGGCAACCGCAAGCGGACGCCGAUGCCGGACGCAUGCAGACGGAUGUGACGGACGAAGAGAUGGCGCUCAGGUACGAGAGUUUAGUGGGAAGCCUGAAGAAGAGGUUUGCUCGCAAGCGAGACCGAGGCGGCUGCCAAGACGACGACGACGACGACCUCGACGUCAACAGAAACGAGCUGGAGAAAAACGCAAAGAAAAUGUUCCUGAAGCCUUCCGACUGACACAAAAAAUGACUUUUUUUUUAAACAAAGACUUUGGAGGUUGAACUUGGUGUUGUCAAAGUAAAAAAAAAUGCUUUGCCAAAAGACAUUUGGACACUUUUAUUGUUUGUUGACGGGGAGGGGGCGUGGCCUAACCAACAGCAGGAAGCGUUUGCCUGUUUUUGGGGAUGUUUGAUUUUGAUUCAAGGGAGCUGUGCACGUGACGACAUAAACGAUGUGCGGAAUGCGAGGUGGAAAUGUCAAGCGAAGUUUUUCUUGAGGAAGUUGAUGAGUCCGUUGGUGGAGGCGUCGUGAGAAGAAACUUCGGCGGCGUCGCGCAGCUC